UUGCUGUGCAGGGGGGGGGGGUAUUGUGCAAGUGCUGGUGCUGGCUGGCUGGCUGGAAGAGUGGGCUGGCGGAGCUGGUGAUGUUAUAUAGAGCUCCGCCCCUCUUGUCUGAAAGGCUUGCUUGUUGCAACGUGGGUUCUGCGCUGCCAGUGUCCAGAGUCAGACUUGCUCAACAGUGUAUGCGCUUCUAAGUUGUGCACUGUUCGUGUCUGAGAGGGCGUACAUCUGUGGCAUGUCGAAGAGGGACGUGAGAGAUCACACCGGGGUGGGAUGUGAAAAACCUUGAUCCUGUUGCAGUCCCGUUGCAGCUGGUACAAGAAGAAUCGUCGGUCUAGAGACUGGUCAGAUCGGAAGGUGGCUGGGUCGUUGUGUGGGGGGUUGUGGUCACUGUGGUGGGGAGGGGGGGGGGGGGGGUAACUAGCUGCAACAUUGAACCGGUUCCCAGAUUAUCUCAUACUUUCAGUAGAUUUGUAACGUACAGACAGAGCUGGCCGAGGAGCAGGUGCGGGAGGACGUAAAAGGUCUGCGUUUGUUGCAACGUUAGCCGUCUCGCUGGAAACACAGGUUCAAUGCGAGGAUGUCCUGCCGCGGCAAUGUUGGGACAGUCCCAGCUAUUCCGGUACAAUUCCUAAGCAACAGCCAGCCUUACUAGCGGUGCAGGGGGUGUAUAAUCCCAGCACUACCUGGCUGGAGAUGGCGAACAACAUCAGCAGAGGGGGUUUUGGUCACGGAAGUUCCAAUGUCAUGCUUGUGCGCAACGAGAGCUCCACCGACACCUUAGUUGCCAUGCUCGCUUCCUGCUCUCCUGCUGCACUGCAAGUUCAACGUGGUGGUGGAGGGUUGGAGGAUGCGUUGGUUAGCAGUGGACAGAAGCGCUCCUUCUUCCCCACGUUCGAAGCCUCAGGAGAGGACGCAGGAGACGAGGAUCUGGGAGACGACUGCACACACAAUGUGGAGAAGAAGAGGAGGCUAACGUUCGAUCAGGUCAGGUCGCUGGAGCGGAACUUCGAGGUUGAAAACAAGCUUGAGCCGGAGCGCAAAAUGCAGCUUGCCAAGGAGCUCGGGCUGCAGCCGCGGCAGGUGGCAGUGUGGUUCCAGAAUCGUCGCGCUCGGUGGAAGACCAAGCAGUUAGAGCGUGAUUAUGAGGUGCUCACCUCGGAUUACAACCGGCUAAAAAGCGAAUUUGAGGCCGUGUUGCAGGAAAAGCAAGAGCUCCAGGGCGAGAUUGAGUGUCUGACGGGGAAAUUGCAAAUAUCUUCUCAACCUGGCCCGGUUGAUGGUGCACCAGAAAAGCCUUCCAAGAGAUUGUCGAAAGCAGUGCCUUCUCAGCUUUCGCCUCCGAAGACGUCAUCUGAGGCGUGUGUGAAGUCAGAAAGGAAGCCCAGUGACCCUAACGCCAGCAGCAACGACGACAAGGAGGAAGGUUCCAGGGCUACUAGCUCGGACAGCAUUUCCAGCGAGAUCCUAGACGCUGACAGCCCUCGCACGACGGAAAAGUUUAACACCGAUCUUGCUGCGGAGGUGCCGCUGGACUCCAACAUUAUACACGUAAGUGAUCACCUCUGUGACCACAUGCUGUAUCCACAAGCUUGUCAACGAAUUUCUGUGAAGCUAGAGGAUGGCUCGUUUCGAGACGAAUCUUGUAAUUACAUCCUGUCGCAGUUGGACGAGGAAAGGGGUCUACCCUGGUGGGACUGGCCUUGAGCAGUUCCUGCAGCUCUUUGGGAGAAUUGUCCAUUCUUUGAACCCAAUUGUUGUGCGUCUCGACCAUCGCCGGCCAAAUCGAUUUGUCCAAUCUGGUGGCGACUCAGAAGCAGUGCUGAGAUUCUUGAUCUAUAAAUUGCUGCCGGAUCCUCUGCAUUAUUCUUACAGUCUACAUGUCAUAUAUCAUAUACUAGACAAACCAGGUUCUGCUGUUGUAAGUCAUUUCGAUGAUGCUAGACUGGGAGUCCGAAAUGAUGCAACAUCAAACCAAAUAAAUUUUUGCUCCUGAAGACAAUGCCAACCAGCCAUAAAUACCAGCGGCUAUAGUUUUUACUGAAAAUAAGGAAUGGACGGAUCUGCAGUGUCAGAUUUGUGUCCGUGCUUGUAACUUAUUACGGAUUUGAGAUGGGCUCCAAAUACAUUAUUUAUCCUUGCCAGCUUAGAUGAACUUGAACAUCUGUGUACUCUUGAAGAGAAUAAGCUCGGCUUCCCUUGAGCCUUCAGAACAAGAGAUGUAGACUUGUAAAUUUGCAAGCGUUAUUGGUUCGAAACAUGAACGUGAAUCUGGGUGGCUGCAUUUGGUAUAAUAAAUAUUCUUUACUCAA